GUUUCGCGCCAAAUUGCAAUAACAAAAAGAAGUUUGGCAUCGUUGUUCCACGAUUUCUACAAAAUGGAUCAAAAUGAAGUCGAUCAACGGAUACAGAAGGUGAAAGGGGAAUACCUAGAGUUCCUAGAUGACAAGAGUGAUCAAGGGAUUUAUGAACAGAAGGUCCGUGACAUGAUUUCCGAUUGUGAAGUGAGACUGUCUGUCAACAUAAAUGAUCUUCGCAAGAAAAACCCAAUCAGGGCCAAAGAGUUAUUGACCAAUGGCUUUGAGGAGAUGCUUGCCUUCCAGAGGGCCUUGCAUGAAGUUGUCCUGCAAGCUGACCCUAUGUAUGGCAAACAAUACGAAGAGUUCUAUGUUGGCUUUGAAGGAAGUUUCGGGGACAAGCAUGUUACUCCUAGAUCUCUAACAUCUAGUUUCCUUGGAAGUAUGGUCUGUGUUGAAGGAAUAGCUACAAAAUGUUCAUUGGUGCGACCCAAGGUAGUUCGUAGUGUUCACUAUUGCCCCAACACUAAGAAGUCUAUCCAGCGUAACUACACAGAUAUGACCUCACUGGAUCCAUUCCCAUCUAGUGCUGUAUACCCAACCAAGGAUGAGGAUGGCAAUGCCUUAGAAACUGAGUUUGGCCUCUCAACAUACAAGGAUUAUCAGACAUUUACGAUACAGGAAAUGCCAGAGAAAGCCCCUGCUGGACAGCUGCCUCGCUCUGUAGACAUAGUAGUAGAUAACGAUCUGGUAGACAAGUGCAAGCCUGGAGACAGGGUGCAGGUGGUAGGGACAUACAGGUGUCUACCUGGUAAGAAGAAUGGCUACACAACAGGCACUUUUAGGACAAUUAUGAUUGCCAACAAUGUAAAACAACUCAGUAAGGAGGUCUCUCCAAUGUUCUCAGCAGAUGAUGUUUCCAAGAUAAAGAGAUUCAGCAGGCAGAAAAAUACAGAUGUCUUUGAAGUAUUAAGUAAGUCCCUGGCACCCACUAUACAUGGGCAUGAGUACAUUAAGAAGGCUGUGCUCUGUAUGUUAUUAGGGGGGGCAGAGAAAGUCUUGGAGAAUGGAACAAGAAUAAGAGGAGACAUCAAUGUGUUACUGAUUGGUGAUCCCUCAGUGGCGAAGUCCCAGGUAUUGCGCUAUGUGCUGAAUACUGCCCCACGGGCCAUUGCCACUACUGGUAGAGGCUCAUCUGGAGUUGGUCUGACAGCUGCCGUCACUUCUGAUGAGGAUACAGGUGAGAGAAGACUUGAAGCAGGUGCUAUGGUGUUGGCUGACAGAGGUGUAGUGUGCAUUGAUGAGUUUGACAAGAUGUCUGAUAUGGAUAGGACUGCCAUUCAUGAGGUUAUGGAACAGGGACGUGUGACAAUAGCAAAGGCAGGAAUUCACGCUAAGUUGAAUGCAAGAUGUAGCGUCUUGGCAGCUGCCAAUCCUGUCUAUGGAAGGUAUGACCAAUAUAAGACUCCCAUGGAGAACAUAGGUCUUCAGGACUCACUGCUGUCUCGUUUUGAUCUGCUGUUCAUAGUAUUAGACAAGAUGGAUCCAGAACACGACCGUCUUAUUUCUGAUCAUGUCCUUCGUAUACAUCGCUACAGAGGGGCUGGCGAACAGGAUGGCGAAGUGUUACCUAUGGGCAGCAGUGUUGACCUUCUAACCACUGCUAACAUGGAAGAUGAAGAAGAGAAUGAAGAUGUUGAGACUCCAAUAUAUGAGAAAUUUGAUAACCUCCUUCAUGGUGCCACUAGAUCGAAAAAGGACAGAAUCGUAGCAAUGAAGUUUAUGCGGAAGUACAUCCACGUUGCCAAGGCACUAAAACCAGUACUAACACGACCAGCUGCAGAUUUUAUCUCACAAGAGUACACCAAACUGCGUAACCAGGAGAACCUCAGUCAGGACAACAUCUCUAGGACGCAACCAGUCACUGCUCGAAGCCUGGAGACCAUUAUUCGUCUUGCUACUGCUCAUGCCAAGGCACGUCUCUGUAAACUUGUUGAGCUACAGGACGCAGAGGCUGCUGUGGAACUUGUGCAGUUUGCAUAUUUCAAAAAGGUGUUAGCGAAGGAUAAGAAACGUCGUCACAAAGAUGACACAACAGAUGAAGAUACGGAUGAUGAUCAAGACAGUAAGCCUGAAAAGCCAAAGAAAAAGAGAAGCACUAAGAGAAAGGAUGACAAAGAUAAACCAGCAAAGGAAAGAAGACCAAGAAAGAAUCCUGGAGAGGAGGGCUAUGAUCCAUAUGACUUUGAAACCAAUGAUGAAGAGAGCUUAGAUGAAGAUGCAGAACCAAACCCAUCAUUAACUGAGAGAAGACAGGAGCGUAGAAAACGUAAAGAGAAGAAAGCUGUAGAUGAGGCAUCAAGUGCAAGUGAAGAUGAAGCUAUGGAAACUGCUCCCUCUGCAGCUGACAGUGCUAAGACUACUGCUAUUGAAGAAGAUAGAUUGAAGAUUUUCAAGUCGUCACUGUUCAACUUAUUCAAAUCCGAACAUGCCCAAUCUAUGGCCCUUGAGAGAGUCUCAGAACAUGUCAACAAGGAACACCCUGACAAGAACUUUACAGAAACUGACAUUCAUGCAGCUAUUGAUAAAAUGAUGGAGGACAACCAGAUAAUGUUAUCUGAUAACAUACUCUUCUUGAUAUAAUGCUUUUACUUGAAUAUAGUCGAUUCUGUAUAUUUAUUUUUCUAUUUGGAUGGACUUUGGAUGGGACUUUUGUAGAAGGAAAGAGGUUUGCAAUGCCAAAUUUAUUUUUAAUCUUUUUGUUAUGUUGAGCAUUGAGUUAGAUCAAUAUUAACAUAUACCUGUGAUCUGAAUAAAAGGACAGUAGAAAGUAACAGAUGGCAAAACCAUUCCUCAAUUGAAUAUUAUUAUUCUUAUAUUCCAUGUAAUCAUGUACAUAGAAAUAUCAAAAACUAAGAACUGACAAUUUUUCACAUAUUCUUCAUCAUUUUAUGCCUGAAUUCAAUCAUGGAAUUUAACUUACAAGAAUGAGAACUCAUGUACAGUAAAUAUAUGUAUUUGAUAAAGAUUUGUAAAUAAACAGACACAAUAUAUACUGUAAAAUGUACAGUAAAACUA